AUGAAUCAAAGUCAUAUACACCACCCAGAUGACAUAAUAGUUCAUCCUUUAUCUCCACCUAACCAUUCAAAUCAUCCUACUAUCUCUGUAAGACGUCUAUCUCGUUUAUCUUUAUCUGCUUUAGAAUCAGUCAAUACAACUGUGAACGUUCCCAAGAAUAAUUCCUUUGCUAUACCUAUACCUUCACCUAGAAUGCAAUAUACCCAUCAUGUAGGAGAUGGAUUACGAACAACCAUAGCUUACUCUACAUCACCUAAUAAUAAUAACAGACUUAGUUAUGAUGCACUUGAACAACGUCGUUCUUCAUUAACACUCGAUCAUCAACAUCAUCAUCAUUAUGGUUGUCUAGUAGGCAGUUUUGAAGAAUCUUUAUUCUCAGGACGCAUGUCUUCUAUGCCUUCAAAACCAAUUACAUUUUAUUGUCAAAUUGGUGUUUUAGGAUAUAACUGUAAACCAUCAUUAAAAUGUCCUUCACAUUGGUCAAUUGUGUUUCCUGCAAGUUUUUAUAAUUUACCUCAACAGGAUGAUACACCUGCUACUGCUACUACUCCUUAUGUAGGUACAGUCGAUAUUGGUGAAUAUGCUGCUACUACUACUACUUUACCAAAGGUACAACCUGGUUAUCGUAUUCCACCUCAAGGGCAAUUACAAGUCUUGAUUAAAAACCCAAACAAGACAGCUGUCAAACUCUUCUUGAUCCCUUACGAUUUUAGUGAUAUGCCCAAGAAUACAAACACAUUCUUGAGACAAAAAUCGUAUGAAGAUCAAAAAAGAUUAAGAUAUGCUAUUCAUCUAAAAUUCUGUCGUAAUGAAAGGGGACGUAUAUAUCUUUACAAGACAAUGCGUAUUGUCUUUACAAAUCGAAAGGCAGAUGCUAAUGAAAAGUUUAAUGUCAUUUGUGAAGGCCCAAAGGAGCCUGUUUAUAUACCAAUGUAG